AUGCACAAGGGGCUGCUGCGCCUGGCAGGGGACCCCAACCUGACGGUGCUGCACACCCGGGACGAGGAGCUGGCCAAGGCCGAGGUCGGGGUGCUGGGCACCAUCCUGGCCGUGGCCACCGUGGGCAACCUGGGCGUGCUGCUGGCCAUGUACCGGCUGAGGAGGAAGAUGAGCCGCAUGCACCUCUUCAUCCUGCACCUGGGGCUGAGCGACCUGGGCGUGGCGCUGUUCCAGGUGCUGCCGCAGCUCCUCUGGAAGGUCACCUACCGCUUCCUGGGGCCCGACCCGCUCUGCAGGGCCGUCAAGUACCUGCAGGUGCUCAGCAUGUACGCCUCCACCUACAUGCUGAUGGUGAUGACCCUGGACCGCUACCUGGCCGUGUGCCGCCCGCUGCAGUCGCUGCAGCAGCCCAGCCGCCAGGCCUACGCCAUGAUCGGGGCCACCUGGCUGCUCAGCUGCCUGCUCAGCCUGCCCCAGGUCUUCAUCUUCUCGCUGCGGGAGGUGCGCCCGGGCUCGGGGGUGCUGGACUGCUGGGCGGAUUUUGGGUACCCGUGGGGAGCGCGCGCUUACAUCACCUGGACCACGCUGUGCGUCUUCGUGCUGCCCGUGGGCGUCCUCAGCGUCUGCUACAGCCUCAUCUGCCACGAGAUCUGCAAGAACCUCAAGGGCAAGACCCAGAGCGGUGCCCCUGGCUCGGGGGGAGCCGCGGCCGCCGCCGGCCCCGGGCAGCCCUCGCGGGUGAGCAGCGUGCGCACCAUCUCCCGCGCCAAGAUCCGCACGGUGAAGAUGACCUUCGUCAUCGUGGCCGCCUAUGUCACCUGCUGGGCGCCCUUCUUCAGCGUGCAGAUGUGGUCAGUGUGGGACCAGGAUGCUCCUGAUGAUGAGUCCUCCAACGUGGCUUUCAGCAUCACCAUGCUGCUGGCCAGCCUCAGCAGCUGCUGCAACCCCUGGAUCUACCUGUUCUUCAGCGGGCACCUCCUGCAGGACGCCGGGCACUGCCAGGGCUGCUGGGGCCGCCCCCGGGCCGGGCUGCACAGAGCCAACUCCACGGGGAGCCUGUGCAGCAGGAAAACCACCGUCCUGAGCCACAGCCACCAGGGCCACCAGGAGCACCAGGGACACCAGGAGCACCGGGAGCACCGGGAGCACCAGGCCGGGCUGCCCCUGCACGGGGACAGCGUCAGGGAGCUGUACCCGCCCUGCGAUGAGGGUGUGACAGAGGCGGGCAUGCUCUAG